AUGAAGGUCAAUAACACCUUGGCCAAGGCGCUAUAUGACAACAAGGCAGAGUGCUCAGAUGAGCUGGCCUUCCGCAAAGGGGACAUCCUGACAGUUCUGGAUCAAAAUGUCAUUGGCAGUGAGGGCUGGUGGAAAUGCUCCCUCCAUGGCAGGCAGGGUCUGGCCCCUGCUAACCGCCUCCAGCUCCUUGCCACCUCUCAGGCUGUCCUGCUUCCUCCUUCCAUCCAGAGUGACUCCUCAGAGUCACCAGCAGGCCAACAAAACAUCUACCAGGUUCCCUCCGUCCCCAAGCCUACUGUAUCGUCAUCUACCUAUGAGAAGAUGGAGGGGUGGGUGAAAUCUCCAGCCAGGGUCUCUACUCUUCCUGCUCAAGGAAUAUAUCAGGUACCAGCCUUGGCUGCACAGCUGCUUAGUGAAAGGACCAAAAGCUCAGCAAGCCAGUACCUGUUUACUCUCCCGAGAGCAUGCCGGGCUUCAGCCCCAAACAUCAGGGGUGAGGUAUAUGAUGUUCCAUCCACACAGCGCCGGGAGUCCUCACUCACACAGAGCGGUGCCACUCCACCCGCCACACGGAAGGCCUCUGCGCUGGUCAGAUCCACCGAGUGUUUCCAGGAAGAGCAGAAGCAGCUUUACAAGAUCCCACCAAGCCCAGAAAAGGCCAGAGCUGUUAUCAAGAAAGAUUCACCAUCGGGCAAUUUAUAUGAUAUCCCUCCCAAAAGAGAAACCGAGGCUUCAGACAAUGAAUCUCAGAGGAAGCGCUGGGGCCAUUACAAUACCUUGCCAAAUCCACGGAAGUCAGAAUGGAUUUAUGACAUUCCAGUGUCACCAGAAAAAAUGGGAAUAAAACAAACUCCUUCUGGCCACUCCUUGGAGAAGCAGAUGCUGUAUGACACACCACCAGCCAGGUACAAGGUGCUAACAACCAGCACUGAAGCCAAAGUUGCCAAUCAGCAGUUAUAUGAUAUUCCACCCACACAACGGAAAUUAACCUUUCCAGAUAUGCAUCUCUAUGAUGUUCCAUCCUCACGGGACAUGCUCCUUUUGCCACAAAACGGUACCUGUGAUGUACCCUCAAGUCUCCUGGCUCCAAAGGCUGAGAAUCAGACCUCUGAAGAGAAUGUGUAUGACAUUCCAAAAGGCUUGCCCACUGCUAUGCAGUCUAAGAGAGAUAUGGAAAAACACAGUGACAGUUCUGGAGACCAAGCAUACAGCAUUCCUCCACAGAUCUCAAGAGAAGCCAAGAUAGAACAAGACAGAUUAUCCAUUUCGAGUGUGGACAGCAAAAGCAGCACGCUCUCUACAUCCUCAAACUCUUCUGCUGAGUCUUUUUCUAUGCCAUUAUCAGAAGAGCCUGCCAGAGAAAUUAAACUGGACCUUGAUGUAGCGAUAGAGACAGUGACUAGGUUGCAGCACAGCGUAUCCAGCUCGGUUGCAAGUUUAAUGAUUUUUGUGAGCAGCAAAUGGAGAUUACAAGAACACCUAGAGAAAAGCAUUGAAGAAAUUCAUCGAGCAGUUGAUCACAUAAAAGUAUCACUGGGAGAAUUCUUGGCCUUUGCUCAAGUCAUAAAGGUAAAUGCCUCUUCCUUGACUGAUAACAACCUUCAGACCAGAAUUACAAAACAGUUAGAAAUUCUUGUGAACUCAUUCAAAAUUUUAACAGAAACAAGAGAAGCUCUAAACAAUUGCAACUGGUUGCUAGAGGCUCUGGUCCUCAAGAAACCUCAGAGCAACCCAGAUGAUCUUGAUCGCUUUGUGAUGGUAGCGCGCACAAUCCCAGAUGACAUCAAAAGGUUUGUAUCCAUCAUCAUUGCCAAUGGAAAGCUCCUCUUCAGAAAGACUGAGAAGAAACAAGAAAUGAAGCAACCACAAGUGAACCUAGAAUACAAAAUGGCAAAACAAAUCACAUUGCCAAGAAGAAUUGAAACAGAUUCACUUCAGAGAAAUUCUCCUGAGAAACCCAGCCAAAGUCAGGUCUCUUCUGAGAAACCAAAAGAAAAUGCCACUGAGGACUGUGAUUAUGUUCAGCUGCAGGCACAGAAAGUACUUUCAGGUAAAGAAAACAAGAGUACAGAUUCAAACCCAAAGGUUUUGCCAUCUGCAAAGCAGGCUGUAAUUCAGAGCAAGCCAGACUCUGCAAAGAAAAUCCCUCUCUCAGACCACUGUAAGCUGUGUUUUGCUGCACUGCACAAGGCAAUAGGUGUAUUUACUAGUAGUCUAAGCAACAACCAGCCACCCGAAGUCUUCAUAUCCCACAGCAAAUUGAUCAUUAUGGUGGGACAAAAGUUGGUGGAUUCUCUCUGCCAGGAAACUCAAGAAAGAGAUGCUCGGAAUGACAUUCUCCACAGGAGCAGCCGUUUUUGCAGCCUCUUGAAGAAUCUGGCUCUUGCCACCAAAAAUGCUGCAAUACAACAUCCCAGUGCAGACGCCAUGAGGGAACUUCAAGAUCAGACUGAGGAGCUGGCUAAGUACACGCAGCAGUUCAGAGCAAUAAUGGAAUGA